UGACCGACCGAUGACAGAGAUCAGUGAAAGAAAACUCGUCGCAGAUUUUGGGUUACUUUAUAGUAACAAUUUUCGUUAGAAAUAAUGUUUACUUUAGUACUUGUCUAAAAUAAUAUUGUAAAGUAAAAUGAGCCGUUUACUAUGGUCGUCUAGAUGUUUCUCAAACACAUAUAAGAGUAGCAUUUUUAUAAAUUCCCCACCGUUUUUAGCACCAACUAAAGCUUUACGAAAUGUUGUGCUUAUACGGAAUGCUCAUGACCAGAAAAAGAAUAUUCGGUCUACUCUUAAUUAUGUUAUUGCCCUUGGAGUUAUGACUGUAGGUUUAAGUUAUGCUGCAGUACCAUUAUACAGAAUAUUUUGUCAGGCAUAUAGUUAUGGUGGAACGACCUCUCAAGCGGAAGGUGAUACUGUGAGCAAGAUGACAGCCGUGAAGGAUAGACCAAUCAAAAUAAGGUUCAAUGCAGACGUUGCCUCCUCCAUGCAGUGGAACUUCAAACCCCAACAGCUGGAUAUUACGGUAGUACCUGGUGAAACAGCACUAGCAUUUUACACCGCCCGCAACCCCACAAACAACCCAGUGACGGGGAUCAGUACCUACAAUGUGGUCCCAUUUGAAGCUGGACAAUACUUCAACAAGAUCCAGUGCUUUUGCUUUGAAGAGCAGCAGCUCAAUCCUCAUGAGCAAGUGGACAUGCCAGUAUUUUUCUACAUUGAUCCUGAGUUUAUGGAAGACCCAAAGAUGGAAUUUGUUGACGAGAUAGUUCUGUCCUACACAUUCUUUGAGGCUAAGAAAGGCAUGAAACUGCCCGUACCAUCCUAUGUGAAGUAAUGAGGUGGAAGAUAAUUGUAGAAAACUGUGUGAUAUUAUUUAUUUGUAGUUCACAUUAUUAUCAAGCUCAAGUUUUAUAAGACAAAAAAAGGCUUCUGCUAAGUCACUUGAGAAAUAAGUAGUACAGUAAGUAAGUACUUUUAAGCAGCUUCAAGGCUAUUUCAGAACAUGUUAUAUGAUUGACAUUGAAUGAAUUGAAAGAUUAAUUAUGUGGACAUGACUAUUAAGUUUUAUUAGAUGAAAUAAACUGUUGUUAUUUUUUGGA